ACGCUGUAGUGGAAACCAAKACUGUUCUCAGGGCGGGUCUGCCGGUUUUGACUAGCAGAAGUUACUUUUAGUGGCAGGCUAUGAUAAUUCGAUCAAGUUUAGGAAAAUGGGUACGGUUAGAUAAAAUGCAAAAACACACAACAUACUGUAUCUAGCUACAACCAGGUCUGCCCUGAGAACACUCUUGGUUUCCACUAAUGCGAUCACAACAGUUGAUCGAACUGUUGUGAUCACGACUUGUUCUGUCUUGCUCAGGAGCAGUCUGACUGCUGGAAAUACAUAUCUCAAGAUAGGGCGGCUACUCGACUUCACAGGAAUUUACCUAAUGUAAUUUAUUCAUACAGGGAUGUCCAAGGAGACCAGCACACAGGAGCAGUAACAUGGCUGCUGACGACAAAUCCUCCUCCUCGUCCUCUACGCUGGAUUGGAGUGUGGCGCCUCCUAUUUCCCCUGGCAGCCCAUCUCACCUGACACACUUCAAACCCCUGACUCCAGAGCAGGACGAGCCCCCGCUCCGAUCAGCAUACAGCUCCUUUGUCAACCUGUUCCGCUUUAACAAAGAGGAGGGGCGGCCACCCUUAGUGACAGAGAAACCGGAUGUGGUUGUGGCGUCACCCACUGGGGAGCAUAGGAACUGGACCAUACCAGCACACUCCAUCCACGGCUCUGGGGCACAUAGGAAACAACACCACGAUCUUUUACGCAGGACUUCUACUGCUUCAGUGGACUGGCCAUUAUGGCCUGGUGAGGAGGGCCGUAGGAAAUCAGAAACCCCCCUGGGCACUCACGAUCCUCGUACGGCUGUUCAGCUCCGCACUGCUCUGAAGAGACUCAAGGAGAUCAUGGAGGGAAAGAGCCAGGACAGUGACCUGAAGCAGUACUGGAUGCCAGACAGCCAAUGUAAGGAGUGCUACGACUGCAAUGAGAAGUUCACCACCUUCCGCCGCCGCCACCACUGCCGGCUCUGCGGCCAGAUCUUCUGCAGCCGCUGCUGCAACCAGGAAAUCCCUGGCAAGUUCAUGGGCUACACGGGAGACCUGCGGGCCUGCACCUACUGCCGUAAGAUCGCUCUGAGCUACUCCCACUCUGCAGACUCUGGCUCCAUAGGGGAGGACCUGUCUGCUCUGUCUGACUCCUCCCCCUGCUCCACCUGCGUCCUGGAGCCCAGYGAGCCUCGCACCCCGGUCGGUGGACGGAAGGCCAGCCGCAACAUCUUCCUAGAGGAGGACCUGGCCUGGCAGAGAAAAACUCCCAUUGGGAUGAGAAAGAAUUUGAUUCACCAGGAGUCUCAGAACAGUGGCAUGAAUUCUAGACGGAGCACGCUACAAGAGGAUGGAGGCAAGUCCCCAAUAAGGAAGCGGUCAGCCAGUGUGACCAACCUGUCCCUCGACCGGUCUGGCUCCUCCAUGGUGCCCUCCUAUGACAGCUCAGUGAGCCCCCAGACCAGCAGGGCCAUGCCAAAACCUGACCACAGCGAAGAGGAGAGGAAGAUACUGUUGGACUCGUCCCAGCUCAAAGACCUGUGGAAGAAGAUUUGUCACAACACUACUGGUAUGGAGUUCCAGGACCACCGCUACUGGCUCCGUACAUACCCCAACUGCAUUGUGGGGAAGGAGUUGGUCAACUGGCUGUUAAGGAAUGGAACUAUCUCCACCAGGGCACAGGCGAUAGCCAUUGGUCAGGCUCUGGUAGAUGGUCGUUGGUUGGACUGUGUCACUCACCACGACCAGCUGUUCAGAGAUGAGUAUGCUCUCUAUCGCCCACUCCAGAGCACAGACUUCUCUGAGACCCCGUCUCCUGACAGUGACAGUGUCAACUCUCUGGAGGGACACUCAGAACCUUCCUGGUUUAAAGACAUCAAGUUUGACGACAGUGACACAGACCAGGUGGCUGACGAGAAUGACUAUGUCAUGCCCAGUACGCCCAACUCGUCCAGUCCUAGUAAGAGGACGUCAGUCAGCAGUUUCCAGUCAGCGGUGGACAGUGACUCUGCUGCCUCCAUCAAUCUCAAUAUGGAGCAGGACAAUGUCAACUUCCACAUCAAGAAACAGUCAAAGUACCCCCAUGUACCCCCGCACCCUACGGAGCAGAAAGAGUACCUGGUCUCAGAGGACGGAGGACAGAAUAUCUCCAUUAGCGACGCCUUCAUCAAAGAGUCCCUGUUUAACCGUCGUGUGGAGGAGAAGGCUAAAGAGAUGCUGUUCACUCCUCUGGGCUGGCACCACAGCUCCCUGGACCAGCUCAGAGAGGAGAACGGAGAGAAGAAGGCCAUGGAGAGGCUACUCUCUGCCAACCACAGUCACAUGAUGGCGCUGCUGCAGCAGCUGCUGUACAGUGAGUCCCUGUCCCUCUCCUGGCGUGACAUCAUUGUUCCCGUGGUGAGGCAAGUGGUGCAAACGGUGCGGCCGGACGUUCGCAGCUGUGAUGAUGACAUGGACAUCAGACAACUGGUCCACAUCAAGAAGAUUCCUGGAGGGAAGAAGUUUGACUCUGCCGUAGUGAAUGGCUUUGUCUGUACCAAGAACAUUGCCCACAAAAAGAUGAACUCGUACAUCAAGAACCCCAAGAUCCUGCUGCUGAAGUGUUCCAUAGAGUAUCUCUAUAGAGAGGAGACCAAAUUCACCUGCAUUGACCCCAUCGUGCUUCAGGAGCGUGAGUUUCUGAAGAACUAUGUGCAGCGUAUAGCGGACGUGCGUCCCAACCUGGUGCUGGUAGAGAAGACCGUGUCUCGUAUCGCUCAGGACAUGCUGCUGGAGCACGGCAUCACAUUGGUCAUCAACGUCAAACCACAAGUCUUGGACAGGGUGAGUCGUAUGACCCAGGGGGACCUAGUCAUGUCCAUGGACCAGCUGCUCACCAAGCCUCGACUGGGAACCUGCCAAAAGUUCUACCUACACUCUUUCCAGCUGGCCAACAAUGAGUUGAAGACUCUCAUGUUCUUUGAGGGCUGCUCUCCCCAGCUGGGCUGUACCAUAAAGCUUCGCGGGGCGUCUGAGUACGAGCUGGCCAGGGUUAAAGAGAUCAUCGUCCUCAUGGUGUGUGUGGCCUACCACUCCCAGCUAGAGAUAUCCUUUCUCAUGGAUGAGUUCGCCAUGCCUCCCAGCCUGGCCAAGACCAACUCCUUCCCCUGUCUCCUGGAGAGCACUACUGUUGAGGAGGAGGAGAGCCAGGAAAAUGGGACUGACCAGAGCACCCUCUCCCAGGGAGGAGAGACUGUGCUGGGGGAGGAGGAGGAGAAGGCUUCCCUUGGGAAAUCUGUAUCAGAUUCCUCCUCGCCUAAAGAUGUCCAUGGUGUAAAAGUCAACAAAAAACACUUCCUGUCCUCCUCUUCCUCCUUGGGGGCUGAGGGGGUGGAGUCAGCAGAGGUCAUGACAUCCACGCCGUUGUCCAAUCGCCAGGUGCUGCCACCUCCAGUGUCCCCACCCUAUCUUAUUGAUGACCUGGAGGAGUUGGCAGAUGAGAUUGGGUCGGGGAAGGGGGAGACUGAGGGGGGGAGUGGGUCGGGGGUUCUGGGGAGGGGUGAGUCGCGGGAGGAGAGCUCGGGUUCGGAGACGCCCCCCAGGCUGUUCAGAGACCCCCUGCAGGAUGACACAGGGCUGUUUGUCACAGAGCAGGUGGCCUCAACGGACGACCGUCUCAAGACGCUUACGGCAGGCUUCAAACAGGAGCUGAAGGACAUCAUCCUUUGUAUCUCCCCCUUUAUCACCUUUAGAGAGCCCUUCCUCCUCACGCCUGCUGGCCUACGCUGCCCCAGCAGAGACUACUUUCCUGAAAAGGUGUACCUCUCCCCGCUGCUCAACAAGGACUUCAAAGAACUAGACUGUCGACGUAAGCGACAACUCCUCAAAGACUCCGCCCCGUCAGGUGGAGGCAUCGCCAACGGAGUCCCUCCCCCCCGCCCCAUCCAGGUGUUACCCUCCCACCACCUUACCAGCGCCCGCAUUGCAGAUCAGCUGGGCAGCAGCCAGGACCUGGCCAAGAUGCUGGCAGACUACCGUGCCCAGGGGGGACGCCUCCGGCAGGAGGCAGACCCMUUCACCCAGCCCCUACCUCAGCCACCAGUCCGGGAGGCUCCACCGCCCAAGCACCCCGUCAAGGCUGAUAGUGAGGAAGAGAAGCCAGCAGGACAGAACGACAUGACCUGGGCCUCCAAGCUGGACUGCCUGAACCCGGUGAACCACCAGAGACUGUGUGUUCUGUUCAGCAGCUCCUCAGCCCAGUCCAACAACUCCCCCAACCCCUGCGUCAGUCCCUGGAUUGUCACGAUGGAGUUCUACGGAAAGAAUGACCUCACACUAGGAAUAUUCCUAGAGAGAUACUGUUUCAGGCCAUCCUAUCAGUGCCCUAGUAUGUUCUGUGAGACUCCCAUGGUGCACCAUGUGCGGCGGUUUGUCCAUGGCAGUGGCUGUGUUCAGAUCGUACUGAAGGAGCUGGACUCUCCUGUGCCUGGAUACCAACACACCAUCCUCAACUACUCCUGGUGCCGCAUAUGCAAACAGGUGACUCCUGUGGUGCCCCUGUCCAAUGACUCGUGGUCCAUGUCCUUUGCUAAGUACCUAGAGCUGAGGUUCUAUGGUCACCAGUAUACCAGGAGGGCUAAUGCUGAACCCUGUGGCCACUCCAUCCACAAAGACUACCACCAGUACUUCUCCUACAACCAGAUGGUGGCCUCAUUCAGCUACAUCUCAGUGAGACUGCUGGAGAUCUGCCUCCCUCCUCCUAAGAUCUUCAUCAGGAACCAGGGGCCCUCCAAGGGAAGCAUGCAGCAGGACCUCAAGGACUUCUCACAGAAGGUGAAUCAGGUGUACCUGGCCAUAGAGGACCGCCUCACCUCCCUGAAGACGGACACCUUCAGCAAGACACGCGAAGAGAAGAUGGAGGACCUGUUUGCACAGAAAGACGUAGGUUCCCACUCGAAGGGUGGGAGCUACACUCCAAAUAUGUCUCGUAUGGAGGAGGCAGAGCUGCGUAGCUGGAUAGAAAAGCUGCAGGCUCGUCUCCAGGCUUGUGGUAGUGACUCUCCCCAGCAGCUCCAGACUGUACUGGAAUCAGUGGUAGUGAAGAAACAGAGCCUGUGUGAAACACUGCAGUCCUGGAACAGCAGGCUGCAGGACCUGUUCCAGCAGGAGAAGGGCAGGAAGCGUCUGUCUGUCCCAGCCAGCCCUGGGAGACACAGACAGACAGACGACAGCAAGACCAGUGUUCUGGAGUCUUCUCCACGCAACCCCUCUCCUGUGGUACAAAAUGGUGACAAAGAGGACCGUCACCUCACUACCCUGCCCUCGAGCUCGGGGUCGUCAUUGCUAACGUUACCGUCACCAGGGGAACCAGGCUCAGAACCCCUCUCGUCUGGACCAUCCUUUCCUGACCAGGACUCUGUCAGCAUCCCAGAGGACGUGUUUGAUGGACACCUGUUGGGCUCCAAUGACAGCCAGGUGAAAGAGAAGUCCACCAUGAAGGCAAUUCUAGCCAACUUGCUGCCAGGCAACAGCUACAACCCCAUCCCAUUCCCAUUUUCCGACCAGCAAAAUAAUUGUGAACCAGUUCGAACCCCCAAAAAUGACCCAGACAAGCAUUACCUGAUGUAUGAGCAUGAGAGAGUGCCCAUAGCCGUGUGUGAGAGAGAACCCAGCUCCAUCAUUGCAUUCGCUCUCAGCUGUAAGGAGUAUAAGACCGCUCUGGAUGAGCUGUCAAAGACAACGGUGAAGGCUGGAGGCGAGGACACCACCCAAACCAUCAGCUCCGGAGAGAGCCGGGCCAAGAACAGCCCAGCCAAGCCCAAUGAGACGGCCUCCUCCCAGAUGGGUCCGUGCCGCAGCAGCAUGGACGCUGACCCUCUCAAAGAUGCAGACAUAGGAGACAAGCACAAGAAGUCAGCCGGAAACCCUCAUAUCGAAUUACAGUUCUCUGAUGCCAAUGCUAAGUUCUACUGCAGGAUCUACUAUGCAGAGGAGUUCCACAAGAUGAGAGAGGAGAUCAUGGACAGUACGGAGGAUGACUUUGUCCGCUCGCUCUCCCACUGCGUCAACUGGCAGGCCCGCGGCGGCAAGUCUGGGGCCGUCUUCUACGCCACCGAAGAUGACCGAUUCAUCCUGAAGCAGAUGCCCAGACUAGAGGUUCAGUCCUUCCUGGACUUUGCCCCUCACUAUUUCACCUACAUCACCGGAGCUGUGCAGCAGAAGCGACCCACUGCCCUGGCUAAGAUCCUGGGUGUGUACCGGAUCGGCUACAAGAACUCCCAGAACAACUCUGAGAAGAAGCUGGAUCUGCUGGUCAUGGAGAACCUGUUCUAUGGCAGGAAGAUGGCCCAGGUGUUCGACCUCAAGGGUUCUCUGAGGAACCGCAACGUUAAGACCGACUCUGGGAAGGAGAGCUGUGAGGUGGUUCUGCUGGAUGAGAACCUACUGAAGCUGGUCCAUGACAACCCUUUGUACAUCAGAGCCCACUGCAAGGCCAUCCUGAGGGCGGCCAUACACAGUGAUGCCUACUUCCUGUCUAGUCACCUGAUCAUAGACUACUCUCUGCUGGUUGGACGAGACGACACCACAGACCAGCUGGUGGUGGGAAUCAUAGAUUACAUUCGGACAUUCACAUGGGAUAAGAAGCUGGAGAUGGUGGUGAAAUCCACAGGGAUCCUGGGAGGGCAAGGUAAGAUGCCCACAGUGGUGUCUCCGGAGCUGUACCGAUCCCGUUUCUGUGAGGCCAUGGACAAAUACUUCCUCAUGGUGCCUGACCACUGGACAGGUCUAGGGGUCAACUGCUAACUGACACCAGGGAGCUAGCCUGAGUCCCAGAUCUGUUUGUGUCGUGUAGCCAAUUCCUAUGUCAUUGUCACGGCAUGUUUGGCAACACAGCAUAAACGGGUCUGGGACUCCGCUGCUAGCUGCAGAACACAACAUGGACAUCAGUUACCAGGGGGGACAGGAGACCACAAUGCAGAAAAACCCUUUGCCCAAUAAGGAACUAUAAAAGCAUACUGGAUGGAUUGAUGAAGAGUAAUGCAAGGCCAGUAUACAACGACUCAAUCAUUCCAUAAUAAUAAUACUAUUUACUAGACUGUAAACGAGUGACUCUUCAGUAUUAUUGGAAGUCAUGACUGUCCAGUAAAAGCUGGGCCCUAAUAAUAGGCCGGAGUUUAUCCUGGCAUGGAAAGAACUUAAUUCCUUAAUCAUGACUAUCUCCCUGAUGGGAUUAAUGAUCUUGACGUGUCAAACUGUUUCACGCGGGCACAGUGAGAUGGCACUGGAAAAAAACAUCUUACUUGGUGGUCAAAUGAAUCAAUGUGAUGUAAAUGUACAGAGAGUAUGUAAUUAAAGAUUAACACUGAUUUCACAUGUUUUAAACCUCAGUGUCAAUGA